CGCUCUUUAACCGGCCUGGGCUCUGCCUCCCCGCCCGCCCAUCACGAGCACGUGACGCAGCGCAGCCAAUAGGCAGCCCGUAAGAGAGCGACCCGACGCACGACACCGCCCUGGUCCCCGCCCCUCCGCGAACGGCGCGGACGCGACAUGUGGGCCUUGCGGGCUGCCGUCCGCCCGGGGCUCCGGCUCUCCCGUGUGGGCCGCGCCCGCCCGAUUCCGAGGGCCGCACCACCGCCGCCCUGCCCAGUGCGCGCGCUCGCCGCCACCGGCCGCUGUGGCCGGGGGGGCCGGGAGGAGCCGGGGAGCGCUGGGCGGAGUAAAGCGAAUGGCCGGACAAUCCGUGCGGGAGAGGACGAGGAGGAGCCGGAAGAUGAGGAGGAAGAAGAGGAGGAGGAGGAAGAGGAGCUGCUGAGGAGCGAACCUCUGCUGCCGGCCGGGACCCAGCGCGUGUGCUUGGUUCACCCUGAGGUCAAGUGGGGAGCCGGGAAGCUGCAGCUGACCAGAGCUGAGUGGCAGGUGGCAGAGGCCACGGCGCUGGUCCACACGCUGGCCGGCUGGUCCGUGGCGGAGACCAUGGUGGUGCCCACCAAAACGCCUGACAGGAAGCUCAUCUUCGGGAAAGGGAACUUGGAGCACCUGACAGAAAGAAUCAGAGGGUCUCCAGAAAUCACGUGCGUGUUCCUGAACGUGGAGAGGCUGACCCCGGCGACCAGGAAAGAGCUGGAGGCCGCCUGGCGCGUGCCGGUGUUCGACCGCUUCACCAUCGUCCUGCACAUCUUCCGCCGCAACGCGCGCACCAAGGAGGCCAGGCUGCAGGUGGCGCUGGCCGAGAUCCCCCUCCUCAGGAAAGCGCCUCCCGUUUCCACCAGAUCGAACCUGAAGAAUGAAGUAGCUGUCCUGGACCGAGGAGGCGGGGGCUCUCGAUACCUGAUGGGGUCCGGUAAGGGGAGUCCUUCACGCAGAUGCGGCAGCGCCUCCUGCGGGAGAAGGAGAUCAAGCUCAGGAAGGCCCUGGAGAGGCUGCGCAGGAAGAGGCAGCUCCUGCGGAGGCAGCGCGCCAAGCGGGAGUUCCCGGUCAUCUCCGUGGUCGGGUACACCAACUGCGCCCCAUCCUUGCCUGACAGCACCGCACAGCAGAAGGCCGGUCUACACCAGCCCACCCCAUGUGCACAGACCAGGGAAGACCACGCUGAUCAGGGCUCUGACCGGUGACGUGGCCAUGCAGCCUCGGGACCAGCUGUUCGCCACCCUGGACGUCACGGCCCACGCGGGCUCCCUGCCCUCCCGCAUGACCGUCCUCUACGUGGAUACCAUCGGCUUCCUCUCCCAGCUGCCCCAUGACCUGAUCGAGUCCUUCUCGGCCACCCUGGAAGACGUGGCCCACUCGGACGUCGUGAUGCACGUGAGAGACGUCAGCCACCCCGAGACGGAACUGCACAAGGCCAGCGUCCUGUCGGCCCUGCGGGGCCUGGGCCUGCCCGCCCCGCUGCUGGACUCGGUGGUCGAGGUCCACAACAAGGUGGACCUGGUUCCAGGGUACAGGCCCCCAGACCCGAGCACAGUGGCCGUGUCUGCCCUCCGGGGACGAGGGCUGGACCAGCUGAGGGCCACCCUGGAGGACGCGGUGCUGAGGGCGACCGGGAGGCAGGUGCUCACCCUGCACGUCAAGCUGGCCGGGCCGCAGCUCAGCUGGCUGUACCGGGAGGCCACGGUGCAGCAGGUGGACGUGCUGCCCGAGGCCGGGGCCGCCCACGUGAAGGUCAUCAUCAGCAACUCGGCCUACGGCAAGUUCCGGAAGCUCUUCCCAGGAUGAGGCGCCUGCGCGGGGAGCCUCUGCUUCAGAAUGGACAGAAGUGGCCACGGCCACCUCGGCUGCACCCGCCCCGUCCACCGCAAUGCGGGCUGGUGGUCGGCCCAGCCGGCAGCCCUGUGGGCGGCGGGUCAGCGGGGGGCGUGGCGGGGCCCCAGUUGCCAUUAAAGCCCGUGCCGCUG